AUGCCAAAAACCCUCCAUAAAGUCCAGAAGCAAAUCGCCAAGCAGCGCCGGAAGCUGGAUUCACUCCAUGAGAACAGCCGGGAUUCGAAGCGGCUGCGGCGGGCGGGUGAGCGAGAGCAUAAAUUAGCUGUCGCCGCGUCCGUGACGAUGAAGGGAAGACAAUCUUUUGUGGACCGAGUGCUUUUUUUCAAAGAGAACAUCCAGGAUCCGCCCGCGGUGUUGUCGGAUGGAGAUAUGGCCCAGUUGAUUACGAGAUUCAUCGCCCGCCACCAACCCGAAUUAGAUCAGUUACAACAAGAACGGCGGCCGGGCAGGCCACCAGUGAAGCGCGAGGAGGUCCUCAGGGACAAAAUAGAGGCGGAGGGCAGAGAGUUUGAGAGCGGCUUCUGGCUGCCGGAUAUGGGCGAUGAGGAGAACAUCAAGAAACUGGCGAAGUGGAAUGGGGAGUGGUCGUCGAUGAGUACAUUGGGAUUUGUGAGGGUAGCCAAAGACGGCACGAGGCGGAAAUCUAUAUUUCCACCGAAGGGGCUCUCGUGA